CAGUCAACAGUUUCCUCCGAGCGAGCAUUCAGUCCUCACACAAUCUAUCGAAGCAACCAGAAAAACAAGAUUCACCAUGAAGAACGCUGUUGCCAUUCUGCUGUGCGCCCUGCUGGGUCUGGCCUCCGCCUCCGACUACAAGCUGCGCACCGCCGAGGAUCUGCAGAGCGCGCGCAAGGAGUGUGCCGCCAGCAGCAAGGUGACCGAGGCCCUGAUCGCCAAGUACAAGACCUUCGACUAUCCCGACGAUGACAUCACCCGCAACUACAUCCAGUGCAUCUUCGUCAAAUUCGACCUGUUCGAUGAGGCCAAGGGCUUCAAGGUGGAGAACCUGGUGGCGCAACUGGGCCAGGGCAAGGAGGACAAGGCCGCGCUGAAGGCCGACAUCGAGAAGUGCGCCGACAAGAACGAGCAGAAGUCGCCCGCCAACGAAUGGGCCUUCCGUGGCUUCAAGUGUUUCCUUGGCAAGAACCUGCCCCUCGUGCAGGCCGCCGUCCAGAAGAACUAGGAGUGCAGCGCAGUUCCACGUCAAUUCUAGAAGCGCAAGAUCAAUCAACACGCCAGCAAAGCGGCAUUUUCCGCUCGGGCUCUGCAAUCCUACGAUUGAAAUAAAACCAUAUAAUAGUGCUUUUGAAUGAAGAA